CAAACUGGGCUGGGCAAUCGAAGUUGGGACAAUUUACGGAGGUUUCUGUGACCGGAUAGCCGACGAAAAUAAGGAUAUGUAUACAGCUAAUAUGUAUAGUUUUCUAUUUGUGUGUCCUUUAGCGGAGUAAGGAGGAUAUCCAUGCCCAAUCAUUUUCUACUUAUACAAGGAGUUUGAUGUAUUUCGCUUGAAGAUAGAAGCUUAACUGGGAAAAAAAAAAAAAAAAAAAAAAAAAAACUACCCUCCCCUUUCGUAUUGAGGAUGAUUUUUGCCAAUUCUGGGAACCCACUGAGGACUCCAUAUCGCAAACAGCCGCUUGUUGCCCCGUCGUCACACCCGAUGGCUCCACCCAGCCCGAGUAACCACAGCAGCAGCAGUAGCACUGCAGGCUGGGACCAGCUCAGCAAAACGAACCUCUACAUUCGGGGCUUGUCCCCUUCAACUACAGACCAUGACCUGGUCAAACUAUGUCAGCCGUAUGGCAAAAUUGUAUCAACAAAGGCCAUCCUGGACAAGACUACAAACAAAUGUAAAGGAUAUGGCUUUGUGGACUUUGACAGCCCUGCUGCUGCUCAGAAAGCUGUGGCUGCCCUGAAAACCACUGGUGUCCAAGCUCAGAUGGCAAAGCAACAAGAACAAGACCCGACAAACUUGUACAUCUCCAACUUGCCUAUGUCUAUGGAUGAGCAGGAACUGGAGAACAUGUUAAAGCACUUCGGCCAGGUCAUAUCCACACGCAUCUUGAGGGACUCCAGUGGAGGCAGCAGAGGAGUGGGCUUUGCAAGGAUGGAGUCAACUGAAAAAUGUGAUGCAGUCAUUUCUCACUUCAAUGGAAAGUUUAUCAAGACACCUGCAGGUGUUCCAGCACCAUCUGAACCUUUGCUGUGCAAGUUUGCCGAUGGUGGACAGAAAAAGCGACAAAGUCAAAAUAAAUAUGCCCUGAAUGGCCGUGGUUGGGGAAGGGACGGCGACAACAGACUGGCCGGAAUGACGCUCACAUAUGACCCCAGUGCAGCUGCUAUGCAAAAUGGGUUUUUCCCGUCAGCAUACAGUAUUUCAAACAGGAUGUUUGCUCAAGCAUCAAUGUCUCCGUACAUGUCUCCGGUUUCAACGUACCAGAUGCAGAACCCAUCCUGGCUGUCCCAUCAACCUUACAUCAUGCAGCACCCAGGCACUGUGUUAUCGCCCUCUAUGGACCCAUCCAUGUCACUACAGCCUACGUCCAUGAUGGCCCCUCUUGCGCAGCAGAUGAGUCAUCUCGCUCUGGGCAGUGCAGGAACAUUUAUGGCCGCCAACACAGCUAUGCAAGGAGCAUAUAUCCCACAGUAUGCACACAUGCAGACAUCAAAUGUUCCCGUAGAGGAAAAUGGUGCUCAUUCACAAGUGGAUUCAUCUGGCAAUCAUUCCCCAUAUUCCUACCAACAAACCAAGUAGUGCUUAGGUAACAUUUGGACAACAGCUAAAACAAUCACGUCUACAAAUGCAAUGGAUGCUAAGGAUCUUUUCACUGUUUUGCACAGGUUCUGCAAAUGUUUAAGUGAGACUAUUUUUGGUGUCAUUUUCAUAGAGAAUAUCUGAGUUCAUUCAGUUCCAAUUAUAAUAAUAUAUAUUAUAAUUGAAAAAGUUUUAUUUUCAUACUAGAAAUUGUUUAUUUUUUAUCAAGGAUUGCCACAGGACACAAGGAAGAAUCAUGUGACUGGUUGUUCAAAGUGCAUGAGAGUAAACAUGUCUUAUGUUAAUAUUUCCAGAUUUUUUUAUUCUGAGGACUUUUUUCAGCCAAACAUUUUGAAAAUGAUGUUUUUGUGCUUGCUGUGUGAGUGUUGCUAUGGUGAAGUGUUACAUGUUGUUUUCUUGUAAAGUGAUUUCUCUUAGUACUUUAGAUUGAUCUUGCUGUCUAAUUAAAAUGCCUUCAUAGUUUUGACAUAGUAGUUGUACAGAACACCACAGAGAGCAACAGUAAGCAAAAAAAAAAUUAAAAAAAAAUGGAGAGCUAUUGCCUUUGAAAUGUAAGACUUUUUAACGAAAUCGGUGUAUUAUUGCUUUCCCCCGGCCAAAACGGAUAGAACGGUAGAAUACAUUUAAGGAAAGAGAUUUAAAUGAAAUGACUCCACAACUGAUGAUUUUAUGGAAGGUAAUAUUUAUUAAGUAAGAAUACCUUGUUUUCUGGAUGUUGGAAUGUGUUACUUUUUUUAAUUUUGCCUUUUUGAUUAUUUGGUAUUGUAGAAUAGCUGAUAUUGAAAUUGGUGGGGUGGGGGAAUGAGAAAAGGCAAAUGGAUUUUGUUUAUUGGUUGUGUUUUUGUCUUUUUGGGUGAUGUUAGUUGUUAUUUUGAUGGGGUGUGUCUUUUUCACUUUUAACUGAAAAGCUACAGGAAAACUUAGACUUACGAUUGUGCAAAAAAACCUCAUCAAAGCCUUGUAAAACAAUUUAGGCAAAAGUUCAGCGAGUUGGGGGGUAAAAUGAGAGGAGUAUGUAUAUUUUUUAGCACCUCACUCUUUGACAGGAAACAAACAAACUAGGCACUUUCAAAUGUAGUUUACUUCACCAAAGAUUGUGAGCUAUUACACUGAGGAAAUAAUUUGUCUCUUUAACCAGGACACAAGCGACUCUGCAAACUAGGUUGCAGUUUGGACAGUGUGCCUUUUUUGUAUAAUUACAUUAAAUUUCAUAGGUAAUAGUACAGUGAAGACACGUAAGCAUGCAGGAAGCCCUGGAGCCAACAAGAGAUGAACUUCAUACUAACUGAAAAAUGGAAAAAAAAGAAAAUCAAUUUCAACAAAAAAAAAGAUAAUGCUAUGACCUUUAAAAAAAAAAAAAAAA